UAUUCAAAACACGACACCCUCGCUUCUCUUCUCACAUUUUCACCUUCUUCUUCUGUUUUUUUUUUUAUUAAACUGCGCGAUUCUGUGCGUCUUAUCUCCUAGUCGUCGGAAAGUGAACUAGAGUUGUCAUAUUGAAGGAGUGAGAUAUAAAUCCCCACCAUGUUCCUCACCCUGGCCCUGCUGCGGAAAGGCAUCCCUGGGAAGCAGUGGAUCGGAAAGUAUCGGCGUCCACGACAAAUCACGUGGCAGAUGAAACGCAACAUGCUGAAUCACCUGGAGCGCGAGGCCGAGAACGAGUACUGGAUCAGCCGGCCGUACAUGACCGCGGAGCAGGAGUGCGGACACGCCGCCGAGCGCAGAGCCCAGAACUGGCUCAAGAUCAAGGAGACCAAAUUCGCCAAUUUUCCUGAACACAAGACCAUCACAGAUCACCUGAAACAUCUCAGAAUCACCAAGACGUGGUCAAGUUAAUGCGAGCAGUAAAAUAUCUCACUUCUGUCCAACAUGUAAAGACUCUAUAAUGCUAUUUAUCCAUGAAACAUGUUUGCGUGUGGAGGAAAGCUCUGUAUGUGUGAACGUUGUCAACCACGAUCACAACAGACUGUUUUAACUGCAUCUGUCUUUAUAAAAACACAUCUGGAAGCA